CAAGAUGCCUGAAGCAGCGGCCAAGGGCAUGGCGCCCAAGAAGGGUCCCAAGAAAGCGGCAACCAAGAAACGCGUCAAAGGCGAGAAAAAGCGCAAGAAGAGCCGGAAGGAGAGCUAUAGCAUCUAUAUCUACAAGGUACUGAAGCAGGUCCACCCUGACACCGGCAUUUCGUCUUCCGCUAUGAGUGUCGUCAAUUCGUUUGUCAACGACAUUUUCGAGCGAAUCGCCUGCGAGGCCUCCCGCCUCAUCCGCUACAGUAAGCGGCAGACUAUCUCCUCCCGGGAGAUACAGACCACAGUCCGCCUGCUGCUCCCCGGUGAGCUGGCCAAACACGCUGUCUCCGAGGGUACCAAGGCGGUCACCAAGUAUACCAGUUGCAAAUGAGGUGUCUUGCUAGACGAUGUUAAGAGUAAAACUGUUAGCCCAAAGGCUCUUUUCAGAGCCACUCAACAGUAUCCAAAAGGAACUAUUGCUCAUUUCGGGAAGAAAUUUAAAAACCUUUACCCGGACAGUUUGAAUUUUGAUCGUCCACUGCUUACAGUCAAUUUUAUCAGCGUUUAGUUUUUACAUUGUUUUUACGUUUAAUGGUUUUGUAAUUGUACUAUUAAUUUAAAAUAGAUUGUUUCUAAUGGCUGGCUGUCACUGUCCUGGCUACCGCAAGAUAA